GCAUAGAGAGAGGACAUCAGGUGCGCCUCUCUCUCCUCUUAUACAAACAAGGUAACGUAAGUAUUAUCACUGGAUAAUUUAACUUAAUCUAAACCUAACCUAAACUUCCAUUUAUUAUCACCAGGUCAAUGGAAGAUCACAGCAUCACCAAAUUAUCUGUAGUGGUGAUGAUGAUGAUGAUGGUGGUGAAAGGCUCUCUCGUCACCACAACUACCACGAUUCUACCACACAGAGGAGUACCACAAGAAUCUACAGAAGGACUCUACAGCAGCACCUCGACUCCAACACCUACAGGAGUCCUACUGGCUGUACUGCAGGAUGUCACCAAAGCCUCCUGUACCGUCGUGGUGAUUACCGACUCCUUCACCUCACCACAACGCAUCCUGGAGGAGUUCAUGGCCGCAGGAGUGUGGUUCGGAGUGGUACUACUGCAGGAGGAACAUCUCAGAAGGGCCAAUAACACCUCACAGGGUCAUCACUAUCUUCUACACCUGAUAGAACGCGCCCGACAGGUACGUCAGAGUAACACCUGCGUCAGCGUGGUGGCGGUGAGUGACGACCCCUCUUUCUGGGCCUCCUUCGGGUACUGGAGUGUCCGGGGCCGCUUGCUGGUGUGGCAGACGAGGAUGGUGGUGGUCACACGUCUCCCCCUACCGGAGCUUCAAGCACUUGUCAACACGUCAUGGACUUUCACCAUGAUGAAUACCUUGAUGCUGAUUGGUGCUCCACAGAGGUGGGAAGUGUAUAGACACCUUCCCUACACUAACCAGGGAGCUCAGGUGGUGCGUAUGGCCAUCUGGCGACCUACAGAUGGCCUCAACCUUCUACAUGGCCACCAGCUGUUCUCUUACAAGUUCUCCAAUUUCCACGGGGCAAAGGUUAACGUAACAGCCCUGCCCUAUAAGCCAUACUGGAUAGAGGAGGAAGAGGAGGAGAAGAUAGCCAAGACAUCUUCAAGCAAGUCCAAGACAUCUUCAAGCAACUCUAAGACAUCUUCGAAGAUAUCCAAAAAGUACUCGGGUGCUGAUUGGUUGCUGCUAGAGUCCAUGUCUGAGGCACUUAAUUUCACCAUUAACGUCUUACCUGUUAAAUCCUGGGAUGAGGUAGUGAUGAUGGUGGAGGAGAGGACAUCCUUCGUGGCUUCAGUGGUUCAUUUGAUGCUUCGGAACCGGGUCGAGAGGUACGGGUUCACUUGCAGCUACGAACACGAUGUCAAUCUGGCCUUCGGGAUGGCUAAGCCCUUACUUAGGCCUCGGUGGGAGAGCCUCUACUAUCCCCUAGGAGAUGAGGUGUGGGGGGCGUGCCUACUGGUGCUGUUGAUCUAUCCUUCUAUUCUUCUAUUGUUAAGCCAAGAAAUGGAGAGACUGGACAUCGGAACAGCAAUUGAAAUCGUGGUUGGAGGAUUACUUGGUCAGACACUCCCCCAUCGUGUCCCAGGUUCGAUACCCACACGUGCGCUGGUCGGGUCUUGGCUGGUGUUCAGUCUACUCAUUGGUACAGCUUAUAGAAGUAAUUUAAUUGCUUCUCUCGCCUUGCCUAAGUACCCGCCCCGCCCGGAGAACCUGAAGGAGUUGGUGAAGGUGGUGCAUAAGAUCACGAUGCCAUCCUACGGGGGAGAGUACCAACACUUCCUCAGGAGUUCGGAGUCCCCCGCCUUCAGGAGGUGGGGGGAGCUCAUGUCCGUCGGGGUGUCGGUCGUGGACGGACUGACCAAGGCGGUGACGGAGAGACAGUCGCACGUUGACGGAAGGAGAUAUCUGGAACUAGUGAUUGCGGAACACUUUACACUGUCCGACGGUACGACGCGUCUCUACGUCGGUCGUAACAACAUCUUACCUGGACUAAACGCUUGGCCUAUCCCACACGACGCGCCCUACAAGGAAGCUUUAGACAGGAUUGUUAUGGUUGUUAGUGAGGCAGGCCUAUACAACCAAUGGAUGAAGAACGUGCUAACACACACACGUCGAGAAGCCCAGAGGAAGAGGAAGAGGGAGGAAGGAAGAGGAGGAGGUGAAGAGGAAGAAGCAGGAGGAGGAGGAUUAGCCAAGUCUCUUACUCUAGUUCACCUUCAGGGUCCAAUAUUUCUCCUCCUGCUGGGGAUAUUUACCUCCUUCGUUGCCUUCGUCGUCGAGAUCUUGGUUGCUAAGUGGGUGUCCCGUUAAGUGUGAGUGUGUGUGAGUGAGUGAGUGAGUGAGUGAGUGAGUGAGUGAGUGAGUGAGUGUGUGUGUGUGUGUGUGUGUCUGUCUGUCUCACACACACACAAUAUAACAGUGAACUAAAAAUGUAACCUGUACUCUAUAAUACUCACUAAAAUGUACUCGUACUGACCUGUACUUCGUCACUGUACUCAUUCUGAUGUACUAACACACUUUAAUUUGUACUCUGCUGUAAUGUGUGUUUGUUUGGCUUGAGUACAUAGACUUACUGUAUAUGCUAAUUUAUCAAAACAUGUACUCAUUUUUGUAAUCCAGUAAGUACUCACAUUUUUUAAUAUGUAAUAUAUUUAUAAUGUAUAGUACCAAUAUUAAUUUAUUACAUAUAAACAUUUCUAUAAUUUAUAUAAUAAUCGAUGUUUUUAGUUGAUUUAUAUUACAAGUAAAUAUUUUAGGCUCGUAGUCAAGUAAAUAUUUUAGGCUCGUAGUCCAGUUGAAAUUCGUUUUAGGUUCGUAGUCGAUGUUUGAAGGCAAAUAA